AUGAAAUCCCUCUUACCACUGGCAAGUCUCUUGGCCUCCACGGUUGCGGCCGUUGACAUCUUGCUGCCGCUCUACGUCUACCCCAUCAACAACCUGGAGAAGCCUUACGACGGCACCGCAGACUGGCGGGCGGCCAUUGAAGCCAUCGACGCGCACCCCGACCUUACCUUCAACGUUAUCAUCAACCCCAACAGCGGCCCGCCCUUCGCCAGCGAGGAAGGCAUCAAGAUCGACUGGGCCCAGUGGAUCGGCCAGGUCAACAACCGCCCCAACGCCGUCACCCUCGGCUACAUCUCCACCCUGGGGACCGUCCAGGCCCAGCCGCGCGACGUCGCCGUCGUCAAGCAGGGCAUCGACACGUACGCGGCGUGGGACAGAACCAACGGCUGGGACGGCGCUUCGUGGGACAUCCACAUCGACGGCAUCUUCUUCGACGAAGUCAACACCGCGCCGGCCCAGCUGCAGUACUACACCGACGUGUCCGCCUACGCCAAGUCCAAGACGGGCCUUGUGGUCCUGAACCCCGGCGUCGCCGUCAACCCCGCCAGCUCCGCGCUCUACGACGUGGCCGACGCCGUGCUCUCCCUGGAGACGUGCUACACGGCCGACCCGGACGCGCCGCAGGACCGGUGCCCGCGAAACACUUACACCCCGUUCACGCCCGCGUCGCUGGCCGCGUUGCCGUCGGACGCGGCACAGAGGGCCAAGUCGUCCGUGCUGGUCCACGACUUUUACGACGACUGGGAGCCAUACCAGGCUGCCUCGCUGGCAACUCUGCAGACCCACGUCAACGCUAUUGUUGCCGCGGGCGUGCACAGUUUGUACAUCACGCAGUGGGGGUAUAAUGAGAGCUUCACGCGGGAGCCUGCCAGCGUGGGCACGGUUUCCAACUUGGUGGCGCUGGCACAGAGUCUGUCUUCAGGUAGACCACUGUGA